UCGACACAUUUGCUUUGGCAUCGUCAUACAUUCUUAUUAGACCAUUUCGGUUUGUCCACGGCAAAUACUCAGUUCUUAUUAGUAAAUUCUCACCUUUCGAACAGCAACAAAAAAGUUACUAUCAAACAAUUUCUUUAAAGUCUUUUGAGAACCGGGUUGUAUUGUAUAUGAGAGUUUGUAAUGUACAUAAACCGGCCAAGGGCAGAGUGUCCUAGCGAAGGAAAAGAUAACAGUAGCUUUUAUACUUUCAAAAUUGCACAAUUUUCAUGAAUUUAAGAAUGCAAUUGCGUUGUCCAACGUAACCAAAGAAAAGGCACAUUAAGAAAAGAGAGAGGAAGUGAAUGAUAGGAAGUUGGCAGCACAAACGAUCAACCGACCGGGUGGUGUGAAAGGGAGUGGCGAGUAAACUCUGCUACAUUUAAGACGAUUUUGGCAGUCCGAAGAAAAUUUCUAUAUAGAAGCUGAAUGAGAAUUCUGGGCGUGCUGUGGACCCUCCUUAAAAUGCUCUACCAACUGCUAUGGUGUUCGGCGCGCUUACUCUCAGUGCUUUUUAAUGUCUUCUGGUUCACCUGCAAUCUUGCAUCGGCGUGUAUACCAUGGUUGACAUUGGUGCUACUCGUGGCUUGUGUGGCUUCCAAAUUCGCCAAGCUACGCAGUCCGGAUGAGAAGCGUUUGCUUAGUUUGCUGGGUGGUUGCGCGCCGGAGGAGCUAACAUAUUGGCCAAUUGCAAAUCGUGGUGCUGGCUAUGAUGCGCCUGAAAACUCCAGAGCUGCAAUAAAAAAGUGCGCGGCACGCGGCUAUCGCAAUGUGCUACUGGAAGCCGGAUUAACGGCGUGUGGUGAGGUAGUUAUUGUAAAUCGGGAAACGCUGGAACGUGCCGGUUUAAUGGGUGGCAUUGCCCGCUACACCCUGGAAGAAUUGGGCAAAUUGAAUAUAACCGAGCUGCAUCCAUUAGGCUCACAAUUUGAGGCUGAGCGCAUACUCACACUUACAGAGUUAAUACAACUCUUGGAGGAACAACAACGAAUAACUGUCUUCUUGCACAUUUUGGACAAUAGCGUACGAAUGCUGGAACAGUUAAAGGCUAUAAUAAAAGCUAAUUCACAAUUUUCCUCACGCACAAUACUCAUCAGCCGCUCACCAUAUGCCAUCUAUCAGUUACGCAAGUUACAUCCAGAAUUGAUUUGCGGCCUUUGGACAGAAAAAUCGCUUUCAUUGGCAAUUCUGAAGGCCUCAACACUGAUCACAUCGAUUUACGGCGCAUUCUUUCGCAAUAUUAUUGCACCAGUGAUUGGAAUUAGCGUUGUAUUUGUCAGCAAAGAAGAAUUCAACCUUCACAUCGCUGAACUUUGGCGCAAUGUGGGCGUCCGUCCAUUGGUAUAUAAUGUAAAUUCGCCCAAUGAAAAACGAUAUUUUCAAAAAACAAUGAAAACUCAAUAUUUAACCGAUUCGUUACGCUCCGAACCACACCUGCUAAUGAAGGCUUAGUUAAAAAAAAAAUAGGUUUUACACGUACAUUGCACGGAUACCUAUAUUUUCCAUUAAAUAUAUUUUUUCCUGCAGACAUAGUACACACACCUACAUUUUUAAAUUACACUGCAUUUAAAAAAUGCGCAAAUACCAACAUGCUUUUUUUAUAAAUUACUUUGCUGGUGGCACAAAUUCUGCAGAAACUCAAAUUAACACUUAGCAUUUAGGCACAUGCAGGUGCUUUCGUAUAAAAUAAUUUAAAUCGAGUUUUAAUUUUUUUAAUGAGGUUUACAAAAUCGAUGGCGAUUUUUGUGUUGGUUGUAAGUCUCGAUCUUUUAACUUUGCGCUUUUUCUGUAUUCGUACAUGAAAUCAUAAUUUAAGAAGCUGUUCCAAAGUAAUACAUACAUAUAUAUAUGUAUAAAUCAAAAAGUAAUUUAACCAUAACAUAUAAAAUACACAUUUAAAUGAAAAGAGUUCAAACAACAACAGGCCGGAGGGUUGCAUGUAAUCAAUUGCUGCGCUUUAUUUACCUCUCAUGUUUUAAUUUACAUGUUUAAUUUCGCCAAUCAUAUGAAGGCUCUAAAAAGUUAGAAAUUGACAAUUUGAGAAAUUGUAAAAUAGCUAUUCUACUUUUAUUGUAUUUUAUUUUGAAAAUUUCCAUACCAAUCAAGGCGCAUUAAACGGGUAGUAGCAGUAGAACAAAAACACUAAGUGCAAUGCUUUUUUGCUUAUGCUUUUGGUCCCAGUAAUGUCAAAAUCUAUAAACCAAGAGUAUUUUAAACAAAAUUUGACAAUUUAGAGACUAAAUAAAUAGAAAAAAAAUCAAUUCAGCUGUUUUGCAGCUGCUACCUGUUCAAUGCGCAUUGAUUCCAAUCGGUAUUUUGACAUGGCAUUGCUCAUGUAACAACGACUCAAGGCGCAUUCAUUAGAGAUGGUAGCACUAGAGCAACAACAAUGUUUUGUACGUUUGAUUGUCGAAGCAAAGUAUUGGCAAAGCCGUUUUGUAGUAAAGUACUUUUAGUACCUACCACCUUUAAUAGAUGCGAUUUGCAACGCUCAUACGUGAAAGUAGAUAUCGUAACGGAAAUAAAAAAAUUGCGUGUUAUACAACUAAAAAAUAACGAUGAUAAGUUGAAAAACCAACAGGUCGCUUCAACAGCUUAAAAUUUUCCUUAAGUAUUUUACAGGGUUGGUAUAAUUCAUAGGCGCCUGCCGUUGUUAAGGGGUUAGGGGUAGUCAGAGGCCCGAAAAAAUGAUGAUUUUCACGAAUUUUUUUUUGCUACUUAAUUAAUUUAUUUAACAAAAAUAAAAACAUAGCAUAAAAACAUCAUGUUUUAACUUGACUUCGCCAAAAUUUCAAAAAAAAAAAUUAAUAAUUGCAAAAGUUAUCGCUGUUUGUGUGAAGCCCGUUUCUCCAGAAGUCCCUUGCGGUGAACAUCACAAGUCCUUGCAGAUUCAUCUAAAACCAAUCGGAUGAGAAAAAUUAUUUUUAUUGAUAGAUAAUCUCGAGCCGGAUCGAAGCUUUUUUUUUUUUUCAAAAUGAACAAAAUGGCGGCCUCAGGAAAUAUUUUUCAGACUUUCGGGAAAAAACCAACAGUUAAUUGUUAAAAAAAAAUCGAAAUUUUUGAAAAAAAAAAAAAUCCUUCGAUCAGGCACAAGUUUUUUAUGUUUUUCAAAAGCUGUAUAAAUUUUAUUGAAAUCUACGUAGCGGUUUUUAAGUUACAGUGUUCACCAGUUUGAAAAACAUAGUUUUGAGAAAAACGCAUUUAAAGUUUUGCUAUCGGCUCCGGAGCGGCCGAGCGCCCUUUGUUAAUUGUUGAAUAACUUGAAAAGUAUUUGUCGGAUUCACUUCAAAUUUUUACACAAUAUUUUUAAAACAUUAUACUAUAAGAAAAUGCAAAAAAAACAAAAUCGAUUUUUUGAAAAUUCUGACUACCCCUAACCCCUUAAUGAGUUGCAGCCAUUUGUAUGUAUUUAUGUAUAUACAAGAAUUUAUGGCAAUUUUGUUUAAAAAAAAAGUUUUAUUAACAGUAUAUCAAUUAGCAGUUGCCCUCUUAAAAAUUUACAGCUAUUCUAUUAUUUAUCAAAUGCUUCUUAUACGUUUCUGUUAAAGGUUUUAAUCUAUUACAUAUGUACAUUUGUAUAAGUAUAUAUUUUGUAUUAUCUUUUACCAAAUGUUUAUUUGUAUAUUUUUUUGUUGAAUCAUUUAAAUUAGCUAAGUAUUUUUAUUUAAUAAUUUUUAAAUUUAAUAUUUAUUUAAAUUUUUUAUUAUAGUAUUGCGUCUUUUGCGCUUUUUUUGCCACCAAAUCUUUUUCAGUGAUGUUGUUGCACAACUAUAAAAAAAACAAUAACGAAAGUGUCACAGUAAAAAGUGUUGCAUAUAUUUUUUUUCAUUUGUGUCUGACUAGUUAUACCAAAACUUUGUAUGUAGAUAAGUCUAUACGUACUUACGUAUGAUAGUAAUUAAUUAAUUACGUAUGUAUGUAUACGUCAAGAUGCUUUUAAAUAAUAAAAGAAAAACUUUUAUUGACCAGUGUCAAAAAAUUAA